AGUGUCCAGUGAUUUUACAGCUUGCCACAAAGAAUGACGUGUUUUUUUAUUUCGACUCAGCAUUUUCGUCUUCAUCUCUCACUCAGUCAUCGGCAUAGAGAUCAAUGAGGAAGCAAAAGACCCAAAUUAUCUCUACAGCACAUCAGUUGCCAGUAUGGCAAAGUUAUUACAAAUGGAAAAUAAGUUGUUGACUCAGCUUAAAAGCUACGCGAAGCUCAUGCAACAGAAGUUGGAUAUGAUCAACCUCUAUCAAGAAAUGCUUCAUCGUCCUGCAAUGAUCGAUGUCGAGAGUCAAGAACAAUAUGUUUCCAAUCCAUUAAAUGCAUAUGGAUUGUUGCGAAGACUGCACCAAGAUUGGCCCAAGUGGUUAUCCUAUUUAGACACUCGAGAGCUGAUCGAGCAAAUGCAGCAGCAGCUGAAGAAGGCGCCGAGUGAAAAGGAUCUACACUUGGCAACCGAUGGAUUGCUGCGCAUUGAGAGCUUUUACGAUCUAGAGGCAUCGCACAUGGCCAAGGGAUUAAUCCUGGAUAAGCAAUACAACUCUUAUUUGAAUCCAGCUGAUUGCAUGGCUCUGGGCAAUCAUCUGUUGAAUCUCACAGAGUACUCCAAGUCCACACAUUGGUUCCGCACUGCAUUGCGCAACUACAAACAGCCCUAUGGGAAAUUAUAUAACCAAGUGUUGGGAUUAAAACGCAUUAAAUUGGCUCGAGCAUAUGCACUGGCCAUUGCCAGAGAUAUGGCAGAUAAUAUGCUCGACGAUUUGGUGUUCAAGGCAAGCAAUGAGAAAAUCAAGAAACUAACGAAGGAGUAUCUUGACGCCGACGAACAGAUUUUCAUCAACGCACGUGCUAAGCAUAAACCAAAACCCACUGCCAUGCAACUUGGAUGUCGUGGACUCUGGGAGAAGCCAAAGCCACAUCGAUUGACUUGCAGAUAUUCGCAGGCAGACAGCGCGUUUCUGCGCCUGGCUCCGCUUAAAGAGGAAACCCUGAGCACUCAGCCACUCAUCAUUCUCCUUCAUCAAGUGCUGUCCGACAGCGAAGUGAGGUCCCUGAAAAACUUGUCGCUAUAUCGCACAUCCAGAGAUUUUACCAAGCAAAGUGUGAAACUAUUCCCCUUGGAGGAGACUCAAGCGUCGUUGCAACGUCAACUGAAUCGGCGAAUAAUGCACAUAUUGGGCGUUGGUCCAACGGAUCACAGUUUACAUGUUUACAACUAUGGACUCGGAGGCUACUUGCAGAGAAAUUCCAAAUCGACUUGUCGUGGACCCCCAAAAAAAAAACAAAGCUCAAGAAAUCAGCCAACGCAGCAGAAAUCAAUGUUCAGGAACGUUGCCACAGCAAACACAUUGCCACAAGCCAGCGAUGUACCGCUAGGUGGCGCCACAAUAUUUCCCAAGCUGCAAUUGCUCGUGCAGCCGAAGAAAGGAAACGUCUUAGUCUGGAUAAAUCGCGACAACGAGAAGAGACCAGAGAAACUAGCCGAACAUGCAGUCUGUCCGGUUGUCAUGGGUUCCCGAUGGGUCAUGUCAAAUUGCAUAGCUGCCGGACUGGAGAUGCUAAAGCAGCCGUGUCUGGCCUGAAAGUCUCGCCAUUAGAAUAUGUAAGAGCAAAGCUAAUAAAACAGCAAGCGCAGAAGCGCCUACAAAA